AUGCGUGGCCGACAGCCUCCAACGAGACUUCCUUCUUCUACAACGAACCACCUCGCAGGGCACGCAACCACCUCAUCUACCAAGUACCAUGUAGUGCAGGUCUUCCCCCUCUCGCGCGGCGACGUCGACGUUGACCCCGUCACCUACUUACUCCGAGAUCGACGGCCAACGCCAACAGAAGUCACCCUGCAGACCCCUUCCUUCGCGCGACGCCGCGCGCCUGGUGGCACGCCCUUUGGCCACCUUGCCCGUGCUAGACCCCUCCGCCGACGGCAUAGAGCCGCGACCACGACGCUGGACCGCCCGCGGCGUACCUAG